AUGGCUCUUGAGCCCGGGUCCGGCCGUCGCUCAGUAUCCCCCGAGAGCUCGGGUCGAGAAUCACCUAUUCCACGACAGUGGAGGAAUCAACUAGGCGAGGAAGAUUAUGCUAUCAAGGAUAAAUCCUAUCGCAAAUAUGCCCACGGAGUGGAUAGGGCGCUCGUCUUAUUCGAAACGGCUUUGGAAGAAUGGGCAGACUAUAUCUCCUUCUUGAAUAAGCUCCUCAAAGCCUUACAAGCCCGUCCGAAAUCGAUUAAUGCGAUCCCCUCGAAAGCGACUGUUGCGAAACGACUCUCUCAAUGUCUCAAUCCCUCCCUUCCAUCUGGCGUCCACCAAAAAGCUCUUGAAUUAUACAAUCUGGUAUUCUCGGUCAUUGGGAAAGAUGGGUUGUCGAGAGAUCUUCCUUUAUACCUGCCUGGACUGGCUACAGUCCUGUCUUUCGCUUCAUUAUCCGUGCGAGCACCAUACCUCGAUCUCCUGGAACGUCAUUUCCUUGGCAUUGAUUCCCGAUCGCUUCGCCCAGCAAUGAAAUCCAUAAUACUUGCCUUGCUUCCUGGCUUAGAAGAGGAGACAAGCGAAGAUUUCGACCGAACAUUGCGUCUAGUUGAGAGUUUCAAGCAUGCUAUUAGGCCCUCACACAGCGAAGAGAUCACUGAUCACCAUUCUUCAGGCGAUGCUUUCUUCUGGCAAUGCUUCUUCCUCGCAUCAAUAACUAGUCAAAGUCGCCGUUCAGGGGCCCUCGCAUACUUAACACGCUACUUGCCACCCUUGGGGCCACAGGCCGCCCCUAAUGCGAAUAAGACAACAACGCAAAAUCAUGCUGAUGAGGAUACUAAAAGCAAGCUUGCAGAAAUCGUAACAUCUCCCGAGCCGGGUCUCUUGCUUCGUUGUUUCGCAAGCGGCCUUUCGGAUGAACAGCUAUUGAUCCAACGUGGCUUCUUGGACUUACUGGUAUCCCAUCUCCCGCUAGAUGCGCAUGUUAUACAGUCUCGGGUGAAACCAGAUGACUUGGAGUUACUUCUCAAAUCAGCUGUUGGCGUAGUCACUCGCCGUGAAAUGAGCCUGAAUAGACGCUUAUGGGUCUGGCUUCUUGGACCCGAACCACCAGCUGAGCCUGACCAGAGCGGCGAGCAUCCAUCUAGUCCUCCUGCCGAUCAGCAUGCCUUCCUGGUUUCGAGGACCAACUAUUUUGAAGAGUUCGGCUUACACCCACUGAUCAAGGCCAUUCUACAAAUGAUUGAGAGCAGUUCCCACAAUACAGCUGGUGAACGUGCUAAGCCUUACAGGAUAUGUCUCUCUUUAAUGGAUAGAUGGGAAAUUGGUGGCCUGGUUGUUCCCGAAGUCUUUCUUCCUAUAGUUGAAAGCGUGCGCCGAUUCAAAGACCAUGCCACUAGCAAGGCAGAAUUCAACGAAGUCUUGCGGAGUGCCAGCGUCUUCUUCGACGGUAUUGAGAGCGGGCUGAUUUAUGGAGAAAUUGCUGGGCUUCUUGCGCAGGCUCUCGGUCCUGGUAAAAUCAGCGCAUACGAGCGGAGUGAUAAGCUUUCUCUAGUAAGCUUCAUAUUGACCAACUUCAACGUUCGGGAGGAAGAGAUGAUCACAAUCCAUGCGCCUUUAUGCUGCUUGACUACCUUAGCUAUGCUCGAAGACUUCAAGGCGCGCACCUCAUCAAACAAGAAUACGGAUCCACAACUACUCUCAAUAACGAACCAAGCCCAGAGUGUCGCCCUGUCGCUAUUGGAUAUUGUUCCAGAGAGAGUAUUUCCAGAAACUGCAGAGUCAGAGAGCCGAGAUGGGAACUCUGCCUUGCCCUCCAACGCGGAGAUUCUGAAAAAGUCCCAGAGAUUUUACAUUAAUGAGCAGGGUAAUAUUGAGGCAUCUGCACCGCCCUUCAACGCUUUGACUAUAGGGCAGACGAUUCUUGAGAAAGCUGCGCAGUUCGUGUGCCAAGACCUGGGGUCAUCGGAUACGGACCUUAAUAUCUGCAUUCGAUUACUUGUACUUGCUGUACAUAAGACGCCAAGGAUAUAUCAGGUCAAGGAGAAACAACUCCUCCAACUUAUGCACGACCUUCUCGAACACCCAGAAGUUAUGGCGUUCACGUCCUUCUCAGCCAUACUGCAGCUUUCUACUCAGCUAUACUACGCUGAGAGAAUCGAGACAAUCCAACUAUCGAGUUUAGUACCUCUUUUGGUCCGACAUGCCUGGACGUACUUAUCAGCAUCUGAGCCAAAGUAUCACGUAGAAGCAGUUCGGGGCCUAUGGCAACUACAAUCGGCUCUUUCCACCUCCAAUCGGGAUAUUGAAGCAGCGCUGUCCAGUCUUAUCAUUUCCCAUGAUGACGCUCAUCUUGGAAUCAUUGAGCCUGUAGACAAAGGCCGUGCAUUGGGUGUGUUGUGGUCGCACACCUUGCAGGAUAACAUCUCACCCGAGCGCCGAGGUUCUAAGACGCAAACAUUGGAUACAAAGAGCCUACACCGUCUCGCUGGAGCAGACAACUACGAAGUUAUGCUUACACAGCCCAUCUUUCUCAUUCUAGACGCUCUGCAGGAUGACCGGACCCCGCUCUACAUGACAGUGAAAUCAUGGCUGAACACAAUGUUGGGUAUCGAUCGUUUGUUCUUGGUUUUUAUUUCCAGACUUUCUGACAUACCUUUCUUACGAACUCUCAUCCAGAGCGACGAGAAGCUCGAUCAAACAUCGGUCACGUUCUCUGAAGAUGAAGACUUAGAUCUGUCUCUGUACUAUCUACGAACACUUUCGAACAUAUUGACAUGUGCUGGGGACAUUUCUUGGACGGUGCUGGCAUCUAAGCAUGUCUCCUUCCACGGGCAGCACAUGCAAAUAAGUUCCGGAGGUGAAGAGCACGAGAUGACAUUGCAAGAGUUCUUCGUCCGUGUAUGCAUGAGAUGUUUAACAGCAAACCCCGCCGAAAACAUCACCAAGGAGUUUGAAGACCGUGUCAACCAACUAUACAGAUACGCUCUCAGUCUUCUUCACAAGUUCCUUCUGAGUCCUUUUGCCGCCCCUCUAUCAGCUGAACAUCUUGAGAACGUGCUUAUCGAGCGACUCGAAAAGUCGCUUCACGGUUCCGAUGCAUACGUGCAGGUUCUUCUACUUGAUGUUGUCUAUGAUACACUGAAGCUGCGAGAUAUUGCCCCUGUUGACGCUCCUCCUUCCCCUGCAUCUGAGCGAAGACCAUCAACAUUCGAUCCUCGGGGAAGUCAGCCAUCCCUUUCAGCGCCAGAAGCCAGGCCAAUUACAGCACCGCCACCCAAACUUCUCCAAUGUCUUCAGGAUGGCCUCAGCUCACCUAGUAGCAGGCCAGUUCUGGACAGCUGGAUAGCUUUUGUGUCGGAGUGCUUGCCGUUGUACUCUGAUUCUAUCUUCCAGGUGCUCAUUCCUCUAGUUGAAACCUUGUGCAGAGAAAUUGGCACGACAUUCACCAAUCUAACGGAGACUUUCUACUCCAAUGCUCUCUCCUCUAGUGGUGACAAAUUAUCGCCUGAGUCUACGCUGAUCUUCCUACUCAACGGGCUUGAACAAGUCUUGGCACGAGCACAUCAACAACUGCUUAAUGAAGAGGCCCGAACACAGGUGGUCAAGGGCCCAGACCAGCCUCAAUCUCUCUUUGGAAGCAUGGUGUCGAAUGUUUGGCAGUCAGACACCCCUCAGUCGCGUAGUGCUACGGCAAAUGACCGGCUCACGGUCCAUCUGGCUUUCCAAGAUGCCGUGCGCAUAUGCUACAGGAUCUGGACAUGGGGCCAGGGUAACGACUUAAGCAAGCAAGAUCAAGGCUCUUUUGGGUCAUUCAAUUACACUUCCCUACGCAUGAGAAACCGUGCCAGAAGGUUGCUCGAGCAUCUUUUUGCUGCAGAGAACCUUGAGUGCCUCGAGACGGUCAUUGCUAUAUGGAAGCAAUCGAUUGAGGUUACUGAGUCAACCCAAGUUUUCAAUAUGCUAUCAGCACUUGAUACCUGCCGACCGAAACACUGCAUGUCGGCCCUGUUCAAUGCCAUCUACCGGAGAAUCAGUGUGGGCGCUGUUGAUCCUGCGUCCAAGUCCACAAUGACGAUAUCUCUGCAGGACACUGAUCUCGUCUGGUUUCUCGUGGAGUAUACGAAAACACUGGAUGAUGACGCCAUGGACGAGAUCUGGCAGGACUGCAUGGUUUUCCUCAAAGACCUGUUAACAAAUCCAUUCCCGCAUCGACAAUCACUACCUAACCUUCUUGAGUUUGCUGCCCUCCUGGGAGAGAAGGUUGACAACACCAACUUUGGAGAACAAAAGAGGAUGCGAAAGGAGCUAGGCGAUACCUUCACCCGUCUGCUUGCUGCUCUUUUCACUACAAGACCCAUGACAUUUGCUGAUCCAGCGACGUUGAGUGGUGGAAUUCCCAAGUCUGACUCGGGUAACUCUCUCAACGGUUUUGGUGAAGGACCAGAUGAUGUUGUGUCUAUCUUGGCUUCUAUUGUCCCCAAGCUGAGUAAGAUACUGGUCGAGCCUGACAGAGUACUCUCGGCAUCAUCCACUAUAUCGACCAAUGUCAUUGGACCGACCCUCAGGGCCAAGGGUUUCCCUGAUAUUGUAUCCAAAAGUACUAUGCGUCUCCUCUACGAGUUAUCAAAAGUCCACAAUAACCAGAAGAACUGGAAGAAGGAUGUAGGCGACGCAUUCAACGACCCCAAGUUCUUUGGCAUGGACUUGGAUUUGGCAAAAGACGAUUGGCUGCCCCUGCUUAGACAAUGGACUUUCACAGACAAAGAGAAGAUGCCAGAGAUUGUUGGGCGCAUAAGUGCUCCUUCAACUGCUGGUAUCGUGUUCGGUGUUGGAGCGACUUCGGCUCGCCUCGAGGCUGAUCGCAAGACGCAACUCAACCUCCGACGAAUCGCAACUUUAAUUCUCGCGAGCUCUGAAGACGCAUUUGUUUCGGAUCUGUCUGAAAUAUUUGGCAAGUUGGCAGAGCUUCUUGGUGCUUCGUCAAGGUCGUCACCAUCAUCAACUACGCGAGCUGAUAUUUACAUGGUCUUCCGUGCUCUUGCUCUUAGGACCAGUGCCAUCCACCUAGGCAUGUUAUGGCCGGUCGUCAACGCUGAGAUUCAUGCUGCUAUUUCUUCUGUUGCUGCGCCUGACAACAGCACUGCUUCCGAUACUUACACCAAUGCCUCAGUUCUCCAAGCCUGUAAACUGCUAGACCUUCUGAUCUGUGUGGCUCCGGACGAUUUCCAGCUUCAUGAAUGGCUCUUCAUCACCGACACUAUUGAUGCCGUGUAUAGGCCAGCCACGUACCAACCUGUCGCUCUUGUUGACGAACUUUCGGAUGAGCUAGGUGCUGCGGUAAGUCAUACUGGAUUCCAGGCCUCUUCAGUUGUAAAUACAGUAGUACCUGGUUCAUUACGGCGGCCGCUACUUGGGCCAGGUGGCAUCAGCGAUGAUGUUAGUCUGGAAAGAAGGGACGAGUUGGUGGCCAAGGUACUUCGGCCUUUCUUUGGACAGCUCAGCAUCUUCGCUUUUGAGUCUACAUAUGCAAUGGGCCGAGUUGAUACAGAGGCCUGCGUCUCGAGCUUAUUGAAGGAUCUUUUUGAUGAGAGAAGUAUAGUCAGAGCGUUAUAG